UGUUACACUACCUAAGAAGGCGGUGCAGGCGGCUACCUGCCUAGGUACCGAGGUACCUGCCUAGGUCCCUGAGCAGUCCUAAAUCUGGAGAUUCGGUGGCUGAGCUGCAUGUACGUCAUUUCAUGACAGGCAUUAGAUAUUCUGAUAUCUAAAGCAACCUAGCUCUGAUAAGAACCAUUUUCCUUCCCUACAAGCGCACUCCAUAUUCCCCUCAACCCCCGAGCCGAUUCAUUAGCUGUGAUACCACUGGGUAGUGCUGUUGAGCUCAAUAUGUCUGGUGGCUGGAAAGAUGUCAUGAAAAAUGGGUGGCAUCCGGAGAAGAGCGGGAGUUCACUCAAAGGCCAGGUGAAGGGCCUAGUAGGUCGAGGUGAUACAUCAUCCUCAGAUCGCGAAACUCGCGUCGCAACCCCCAGGUCUUCGCUCCGUGACCCGUCCUCUUUCGGGCCGCCGCCCAAGCGCGUGGCCGGGACUACACAAUCCUCAUCGUCCUAUGCCUCUGCACCAACUGCGGCGGUGCCCGUGGGAAGUCAGGUUUCUGGAAUCACGCAACAACCAUCCCAAGCACAGUAUGUCGAGGAAGAAGGUCCGCCCGAGCCAAAAUCCUAUCAAAGAGAUACUACAGGGUUGGCAACGUCGCAUCUACCUCCGCCCCCGAUGCACUACAGUGUCGCAGGCGCUCGAUCUCCCCAGCAGCAGUCGACAAGUUCAACAGCCACAAAGCAGCCAACUGCGGCGGCGAAGCCAAAAGUACCCCCUUCACUACCCCCACGGCUUCCACCCCGGAGCGGGAACAGCACGCCGAGCCCGACAUUAGCAGGCGGACAGGCGGAGAGCCAGGGUUACUUGAACCAAGGGGCAGUAAACCGCCUUGGUGCAGCGGGGAUAUCGGUACCUGGAUUCGGAAUUGGGGGAGCAGGCGGGACGCCGCCUCAGCCUUCGUCACAGACACAUAUACUGGGUCACAGCCAGACGACAGAUGAACUACAAGCUCGGUUUGCGCGUUUGGGUACUUCCUCGUCUGUUCAGGACAGCGCUAGUAGAACAGCAGAAGCUGGGACACGACAGCAAUCUAUAGGGCAAGUUGCGUCUGUCCUAGGUAAGAAGAAACCGCCUCCGCCGCCACCGAAGCCCAAAAAGCCAGGGCAAUCAGGGACCACGGAAAGUGCAGAUAUGCCACCACCGAUCCCAUUAGCUACGCGGCCUAAAUUUGACUAAUCAAUUUCUUUCGAGUAUUCAAGCUCGUUGACCAAUUCCUAUUAUAAUAAAACGCAUUCAUGGGUCAUCACGCUAGUCAGUUCAAAAAAGCAGAAUGGUAGGCUGACAAGCAUGGAGUAAACUGGAUCAGAUCGCUAGGCUUUCCCUGCCUUUAGAGCGCGUCCGUAAUCGAUAGAAGAUU